AGAGAAGAAAGGCAGACGACUCCACCCCCUCCGCUCCCGUCCUGUGUUGAGAAAUGUGCUGAGAUACUCAUCGGUGGGAUUCAUCCAAAUCCAGCCCGUUUCUACCGCUCCGACACUGGACCGCAACAACAGCGUUUAAACUGCUGGCAGAUACCUGAGUUUUGUCUGUGCCUUUUCAGCUAGAAAGAACUUCCUCUGUCUUCCAUCAGCAGGAAGAGAAGACAGGCUGAACAAACCUCGUCAUGAACUGGGCAUUCCUCCAGGGCCUCCUCAGUGGGGUGAACAAGUACUCCACAGCCUUCGGCCGAGUCUGGCUAUCCAUCGUUUUCCUCUUCAGGGUCAUGGUGUUUGUGGUGGCAGCAGAGAAAGUAUGGGGUGACGAACAGAAAGACUUCAAAUGCAACACGGCUCAGCCAGGGUGCCACAAUGUCUGCUACGACCACUUCUUCCCUGUCUCCCAUGUGCGCCUGUGGGCCCUGCAGCUCAUCUUCGUCACCUGCCCCUCUCUCCUGGUGGUAAUGCAUGUAGCCUAUAGGGAGGACAGGGAACGGAAAAACCGGCUCAAGUACGGCGAAAACUGUCGCCGUCUGUACCAGAACACCGGCAAGAAACGGGGAGGCCUGUGGUGGACCUAUGUCCUUACUUUGGUCUUCAAAAUAGGUGUUGACGCCACCUUCGUCUACCUCCUCUACCACAUCUACGAGGGCUACGACUUCCCCUCACUCAUCAAGUGCGAGCAGAAGCCCUGUCCCAACAAGGUGGACUGCUUCAUCGCUCGGCCCACUGAGAAACGAAUCUUCACCCUGUUCAUGGUGGUCACCAGCCUGGUCUGCAUCCUCCUCUCGAUUUUCGAAAUCGUCUACCUGGUGGGCAAACGAUGCCGCGAAUGUUUCACAGCAGUCCACCACAAUCACCACUCCAUGACCAACACAAUGUCCAGCGGAAGCAACUUGAUGGAGUCAAACACUCUAAAGCUGACAGGCAAAAACACCCCUGAAACACCUGCACCUUCAUACAGCGUUGCCAUAUCUUGAGAACAAAG